GUCAAAGAAAACGGAAAGUCAGAAAAAAGAACUGAAAGAGAAACGCAAAGAUUGCGUAUAUGUGUUAGUUAAUUUUAUAAGAAAUUGUAAUUUUCAACUUAUCAUUUUAUAAUUAAACCUUAAAAAAGUAACUAAUUAAUUUCAUAACUUUUUAACGGGAAAUCAACAUGUGAACUAUAAAAAGUCUUAAAUUGUUUCAAUAAAAAAUAACAUCUUUAGGUUUUAUAACAUAAAAGAAGAAAAAACUGACAGCAUAAGUUAAUAGUGUGUGCGUUUGCAGUUUUUUGGUUUGCGUCUGUGAAAAAAUAGGAAAAAAAAUUAACGCGUGCCUCCAGCCGCUACGUGGGACUUUAUUUUUUUUGCCAAAAACUUUAAAUUUAUAAUUUUUUUAUAUUUUCUCAAAAAUUCGCCUACAAAGGCAAUUGUUAAAUAAAAACAAUACGCUACUGACUGCAAUUUUUAUAAUUAAAGGCCUAAAAAGGCCGUAAAAAUUAAGUGUGAAAAUUGAGAAAAAAAUUAUAGUAUAAAAAUCCAGCAACAACGUGCUUUCACCUUUGUGCUGUCUAUCCAGCUUAGCAGCAGCUGCAGCCGUAUAAGUCUGAAAAAAAAAAAAAAACAAAAAUGUCGGCCGAUUCAAAGUCUCAACCGUCUAAUCAGCCUCCCUUGUCACAAUUGUGGCCGGGUUUUGGUUCGACUUCUUCUGAACUUAACAACCCUAUGGAGCAACUUCAUCCCCAACAAUCAGCUCCAACAUCCUUGUCUAUGGGUAAACCACAUGCUCAGCAAACUAAUAUUAACAAUAAUUAUGUGAAUUUUAAUCAAUUUAUCAUGCAACAUAAUCUUAAUUCGCCACAUCAAACUAAAUCACCCUUGUCUUCUUCAUUAGAGGAUCAAUUUACCAAAGUAGAGGGAAAUCAAAAUUCCAAUUAUGAGGAUGUUUUUAGUUUUAUUCAUAAUAUUGGUGGAUUGAAUAAUAACAACAACAACAAAGGCAACAACAAUAAUGGCAACAAGAAUUCUAAUCAUCAGCAACAACCACAACAGCUCAAACAUCAACAAUAUAAUUACUUCAAUCCCUCUCUACCCCAAUAUCCAUUUGCCAACUAUAAUAAUAACAACAGUGUAUUCACCGAUGGUCUGCAAAACUAUAAUAUAAAUCCUAAUACUGCCCCUGGUAUAGCAACAUCUACAGCAGCCGUCAAUCCCUCUACAUCAACUGGUAACCAAAAUUAUUAUGAUAACCGUAACUCAUAUGGUAACUUUAAUACGAAUGGAACGACUUACUAUGCCAAUCCCUUUGCUACGGGUUUUGAUUUCAACAAUACUAAACUGCAAGCAAAUGCUCCAGAAUUUGUGCCAAGAUUUGAUAAACUUUCGUUGAACGAAACAAAUCAAGAUGCUAAUAAACAACAAACUCAUAGUCAACAGGCUAAAGAAACUGAAACUUCAAAUGGCAAUUUAAAAGAAGAUUUUAAUAAAAAUGAAGGAAAUGAAUCCAAAGAUAAAACCAAAAAUUUGGAUUCUAGCUUUGAGAAGGAAGAAAAACGUCAACAACAAAGACACGAACGUUCUCGUGGCAAUAAUCGUCAUCAAAAUAAGCACGAUAAGGAAAAUAAUAAAAGAAACAAUAAUCGUUUGGAAAAGAAUAUGGAAAGAUUUUCUCGAAAUUUACAAGAGAAACAUCAAAAUAAUGAUUCAGCCUCAAAUUCGAAUUCUUCCACUCCUUCGUUGACAAUGAAUGGUAGAGGAGAACGUGAACAGCAGCAACAACAACAGCAACCGGGGGUAUCUAAAGCAACAGGAGCUUUUAGUAAAAAUCAACGUGGUUCCAUGAAUGGCAACAAUAAUGAGAAACAAAGAAAUCAAGAUGGCCAAGAUAAGUCUGGUGGUGAAAAAAACAAUUUCAAUAAACGUUAUCAGAAUGGCAGACGUUCUCAAGAUUAUGUAGAACGUGAGGAACGUUAUGAACGUUACGUGGAUCGUGGUGAACGUUCUGAACGUGGCCAUAAUCAACGUAAUCAGCAGCGCAAUGACUAUCAUCAACGUUAUGAUAAUUAUCGCAGUAAUAAGAGACGUGAUGAUUGGAAUCGUAAUCGUGAUCGUAUAAAUGGUUUUCGUGUAGAGGAAAAAUACUCCAAUGAUAAUGGCAAAGAUAGUCCUUUGGCAUCGCCUGAAAAGAGGUCUCCUAAAAAGUCUUAUGACAAGGAAAAUGAGAAGCUUUCACAAAGAGAAAAAUUAAUAAGAGAUAUUGAAACUAGACGUCUGGAAUGUUUAGUUUGUGUAGAGCCUAUUAAGGCUCAUCAGAGUGUUUGGUCUUGUCAUAAUUGCUAUCAUAUACUACAUUUGCAGUGCAUAAUAAAAUGGGCCUCUUCCUCGAAAUCCGACGACGGCUGGCGUUGUCCUGCCUGUCAGAAUGUAGAAAAAGAAGUUCCUCGUGAUUACUACUGUUUCUGUGGUAAAUUAAAGAAUCCCACAAAUAAUCGUCAAGACAUAGCACAUUCUUGCGGUGAAGUAUGUGGACGUGUAGAGGGCUGUGCUCAUGCCUGUACUUUGCAGUGUCAUCCCGGUCCCUGUCCUCCUUGUCAGGCACAGGUAAAGCGUGAAUGUGGUUGUGGCAAAACCUCGAAAAUUAUGCAAUGCUGCUUAAAGGAAACCAUAGAAUGUGAUUCCACUUGUGAGAAACUAUUGAAUUGUGAAUUGCACACUUGUCAGGAGAAAUGUCAUGAGGGCAAAUGUCCCGCCUGUAAAGAGAAGGUUGAUCAAAAGUGUCACUGUGCUAAACAAGAAAGACAAGUUACUUGUACACGCGAGUCGCAUGACAAACACAACUAUUCAUGUGGUAAAAUUUGUGGCAAAAAUUUAACAUGUGGCAAUCAUCAGUGUAAAGACAGUUGCCAUCCCAAUGAAUGUAGACCCUGUAAAUUGAGUCCUGACAAUGUCACCUCUUGUCCCUGUGGCAAAAUGCCUAUUAUGGCCGAACAGCGCAAAUCCUGUUUAGAUCCCAUACCCGUUUGUGAGGGUGUCUGCGGUAAAACUUUAAAAUGUGGCAAAGCUACUAAUCCUCACCAUUGCACGGCAAAAUGUCAUUUGGGUAAUUGUCCUCCAUGCAAUAAACAAACUGCUGUCAAGUGUCGCUGUGGCCAUAUGGAUCAAAUGAUAAAAUGUCGCCAGCUGUCGACUAGAGCGGAUGAUGCUAGAUGCAAGAAACGCUGCACGAAAAAACGUUCCUGUGGCAAGCACAAAUGUAAUCAAGAGUGCUGCAUAGACAUCGAUCAUUUCUGUCCACUGCCUUGUAAUUAUACGCUCUCUUGUGGCAAGCACAAGUGUGAUCAACCCUGUCAUCGCGGCAAUUGUCCACCUUGUUAUCGUUCCUCUUUCGAAGAGCUCUUCUGUGAGUGUGGUGCUGAAGUUAUCUAUCCCCCCGUGCCCUGUGGCACUAAACGUCCCGUUUGCAAACGCCCCUGUUCGCGUAAACAUCCUUGCGAUCAUCCGCCACAACAUAACUGCCAUUCAGCAGCCACAUGUCCUCCCUGUAUGAUGUUCACUACGAAAUGGUGUUUCGGUCACCAUGAACAACGCAAAACGAUACCCUGUUCUCAGCAGAGUUUUUCCUGUGGUUUGGCCUGUAAUAAACCUUUGCCUUGUGGUCGCCACAAGUGCAUUAAGACUUGUCAUGAGGGUCCGUGUCAAGUACCCGGUGAGAUUUGUAAACAAAGUUGUACUACUGCUCGUUCUACUUGUGGGCAUAAGUGUAUGGCUCCGUGUCACAAUGGUGAUUGUCCUGAGAAUCCCUGUAAAGAGAUGGUUGAAGUUCAAUGCGAAUGUGGCAAUCGCAAACAAAUGCGCACUUGUGCCGAAUUGGCACGUGAAUUCAGUCGUAUUGCUACUGCCCAAUUGGCCUCAUCCAUGGCUGAAAUGCAACGUGGCAACUAUAUGGAACUAUCGGAAAUUUUAGCUCCAGUCAAACUCUCUGGUAAAUCUACUAAAACUUUAGAUUGCAACGAAGAAUGUCGCCUACUCGAACGUAAUCGUCGCUUGGCUAUAGGUCUACAAAUACGUAAUCCUGAUUUGCCACAAAAACUCUUAACAAAAUAUUCUGAUUUUAUACGUAACUUUGCUAAACGUGAUCCAGCUUUGGUCAAGUCCAUACAUGAAGCUCUAACCACUCUAGUGAAAUUGGCCAAAGAAAGUAAACAAAAGUCACGUUCCCACUCGUUUCCCACCAUGAAUCGUGAAAAACGUCAGCUAGUACAUGAAAUGUGUGAAAUGUUUGGUGUCGAAUCAGUGGCCUAUGAUGCUGAACCUAAUCGUAAUGUGGUAGCUACUGCUUUUAAGGAUAGAUCUUGGCUUCCUGCUACUAGUAUUAUGGAAGUAAUGGCUCGUGAGGCUGGUCAAAGACGUGUACCAGUACCGAGUAAUAAUGCCUGGGGUUUAAAGAGAUAAUGCUAUUAAUAACAUACACACACACACACACAAAGAUAAUUAAGUUCAAACUUAAUUUCAACAUAAAAUUUUUUCGUUUAAAAUCAUCACUUAUUUAUAUACCUACCUAUAAACAAAAACAACAAAUAAUUUACAAAUAAUAAACUAACCCCACUAAAAUGAAUUACAAA